AUACUUCAAAGACAGAAGGCAUCAAUAUAUCCAAAAUGGUAGAAAUGGUUUCUGAAAAUGAAGGAAAGAAACAUAUUAAUGGAAAUGUUAAUGAGGAGAAUAUUGUAACUGAAGAUGCUUCUGGAAGCAAAAAGGAAAAUAAAAAGGAAAAGCUUAAUAUGGUCAGCCCAUUUACAAUGUUUCGUUACUCCGAUUCCCUGGAUAAAUUAUUAAUGAUACUGGGCACUCUUUUUGCUGCCCUUCAUGGGGCUUCCCUUCCAGUUAUGAUGAUUGUUUUUGGAGAUAUGACAAACAGCUUUGUUGAUUCAGGACGUCUUCCUGUAGAGAAUGUAGAUUUAAUUAAUAAUUCUCAAUACCUAUCUUUUGAGAGUUUAGAAGAACAAAUGACAAGGUAUGCAUACCAGUAUUCAGGCAUAGGAGCUGGAGUUCUUGUCUCUGCCUAUGCAUACGUUGCAUGUUGGUCACUUGCAGCUGGCCGCCAGAUUAAAAGAAUUAGGCAACAAUUUUUCCAUGCCAUCAUGAAGCAAGAAAUUGGAUGGUUUGAUGUAAAUGAUGUUGGGGAACUAAAUACACGACUUAUAGAAGAUGUCUCCAAAAUCAGUGAAGGAAUUGGUGAUAAAAUUGGAAUGCUAUUUCAGGGAAUAGCAGCAUUUCUAACAGGAUUUAUAGUCGGAUUCAUUCAAGGAUGGAAAUUGACUCUUGUAAUCCUUGCCGUUAGUCCUGUCCUAGGAAUCUCAGCUGCAAUUUGGGCAAAGAUCCUUUCUGCAUUCACCAACCAGGAACUUGCUGCAUAUGCAAAAGCUGGGUCAGUUGCUGAGGAGGUCCUUGGCACUAUCAGAACAGUUAUAGCUUUUGGAGGACAGAAGAAAGAAAUUGAAAGAUAUUAUAAAAAUUUAGAAGAUGCUAAAAACAUUGGAAUAAGGAAGGCUAUGACGACCAGCAUUUCCCUUGGGGUUGCUUUCUUAUUAAUAUAUGCCUCCUAUGCAUUGGCUUUCUGGUAUGGAACUACAUUGAUAAUAGACGAAGGUUACAGUAUUGGGAAAGUCCUUACAGUCUUCUUUGCUGUGAUCAUAGGAGCAUUUAGUAUUGGCCAAGUCUCUCCAAACCUAGAAGCAUUUGCUAGUGCAAGAGGAGCUGCGUAUGCAGUAUUUAAUAUCAUAGACAAUGAACCUCAGAUUGAUAGUUAUUCAGAAAGUGGCUAUAAACCUGACAAAAUUACAGGAAAUCUCAGUUUCCAAAAUGUUUAUUUCAAUUAUCCAUCAAGGCCAGAUGUCAAGGUAUUAAAAGGACUGAAUCUGCAGAUCAAUAGUGGACAGACAAUAGCCCUGGUUGGCAGCAGUGGUUGUGGAAAAAGUACAACUGUCCAACUGAUACAAAGGUUUUACGAUCCCAUGGAAGGCAUGAUUACCAUUGACGGACAAAAUAUCAAGACUCUGAAUUUGAGGUAUCUGAGGGAAAUUAUUGGCAUUGUGAACCAGGAACCAGUGCUAUUUGCCACAACAAUUGCAGAAAACAUUCAAUAUGGCCGUGAAAAUGUCACCAUGGAAGAGAUGGAAAAAGCUGCUAAACAAGCCAAUGCCUAUGAUUUCAUUAUGAAGUUACCUGAUAAGUUUGAAACCAUGGUUGGUGAAAGAGGGGCACAGCUAAGCGGAGGACAGAAGCAACGAAUAGCGAUUGCCCGGGCUCUUGUGCGGAACCCCAAAAUUCUGUUGCUGGAUGAGGCUACCUCAGCUCUGGAUACAGAAAGUGAAGCUAUUGUACAGGCUGCUCUGGACAAGGCAAGGAAAGGCCGCACAACUAUCAUAGUAGCCCAUCGUUUGUCUACAGUCCGAAAUGCAGACCUUAUCGCUGCUUUUGAAGAUGGGGUCAUCAGAGAGCAAGGAUCCCAUUGUGAGCUUAUGGAAAAGAAAGGAGUUUAUUUCCAACUUGUCAAUAUGCAGGCAGUGUCCACUGAGGUCCAAUCAGAAGAGUCAGCAGAAAAAGAAUCCAAUCUGCAAAAUAACCCAGAAAAAAUAAGCAAAGAUGCUUUUUCAAAUGGGCUGAGGAGACGGUCUACUCGCAGAAGUUUCAAAAAGCUAGAAAUGCAGGAAGAAGACCUUGAGGUUCAGACAGUUCAGCCUGAUGAAAAUAUGCCCCAGGUUUCAUUUCUUAAGAUUAUGAAGUUGAAUUUAUCCGAAUGGCCUUACUUUAUAGUGGGAACUUUUUCUGCUCUGAUCAAUGGAGCACUACAGCCUGCAUUUUCAAUAAUAUUCUCAGAAAUCAUAGGGGUUUUUGUAAUACCAGAUGACAAAGUUGUACGUGAAAAAAGCAAUCUAUACUCACUGCUAUUCUUAGGAGUUGGGAUUGUUUCCUUCAUCACCUUCUUCCUUCAGGGUUUCAGUUUUGGCAGAGCUGGAGAGAUUCUUACAAUGAAACUACGUUACAUGGGAUUCAAAGCAAUGCUUAGGCAGGACAUCAGCUGGUUUGAUGAUCCUAAAAACAGUACUGGAGCACUGACUACAAGACUUGCUAGUGAUGCUUCUGAAGUAAAAGGUGCUACAGGGGCAAGGUUAGGUAUGAUUGCUCAAAAUGUUGCUAACCUUGGGACUGGAAUUAUUAUAUCAUUGGUGUUUGGCUGGCAGUUGACCCUUUUAAUUCUGGCUGUUGUGCCAAUCAUUGCCAUAGGAGGGCUCAUUGAAGUGAGAAUGUUAUCUGGACAUGCCAAGAAUGAUAAAAAGAAACUUCAAAGUGCAGGAAAGAUUGCAACAGAAGCUAUUGGAAAUAUUCGAACUGUAGUUUCCCUCACUCGGGAAAGAAAAUUUGAACAAAUGUAUGAAGAAAAUUUGAAAGGACCAUACAGAAAUUCUGUGAAGAAAGCACAUCUUCACGGACUAACUUUUGGCCUUUCCCAAGCAAUGAUGUACUUCACCUAUGCAGGCUGUUUUCGUUUUGGCGCCUACCUUGUUGAAAAUAAAUACAUAGAUUUUAAGGCUGUAUUCUUAGUAUUUUCCUGCAUUGUAUUUGGCGCCAUGGCUCUAGGGCAGACGUUUUCAUUCACACCAGACUAUGCCAAAGCCAAGAUAUCUGCUGCUCAGAUGUUCAUGCUAUUUGAAAGAGUACCCUUAAUAGAUAAUUAUAGUGAGGAAGGAAAGAAGCCUGAAAAAGUGAGUGGCACUAUAGCAUUUAAGGAACUGGCCUUCAACUAUCCAACCCGGCCAGAUGUUCCAGUGCUUCAAGGUCUGAAUGUUGCAGUAGAGAAGGGGCAAACACUGGCGCUUGUGGGAAGCAGUGGCUGUGGAAAGAGCACACUAGUCCAGUUGCUUGAAAGAUUCUAUGAUCCCCUCAGUGGAGAAGUGCUUUUGGAUGGUGAAAAUUCAAAGCAAUUAAACAUUCAGUGGUUACGGUCUCAGAUUGGAAUUGUUUCUCAAGAACCAAUCCUGUUUGGCUGCAGUAUUGCGGAGAAUAUUGCCUAUGGUGAUAACAGCAGGGAGGUAUCACCUGCUGAGAUAUGUGAAGCAGCUAAAGCAGCCAAUAUACACUCCUUCAUUGAAUCUUUACCAGACAAAUACAAUACUAGUGUUGGUGACAAAGGGACUCAGCUCUCUGGGGGCCAAAAGCAGCGCAUUGCUAUCGCCCGUGCUCUCAUCCGCCAGCCAAGAAUUCUCCUCCUUGAUGAAGCAACCUCUGCGCUCGACACAGAAAGCGAAAAGGUUGUCCAGGAGGCUCUGGAUAAAGCCAGACAAGGCCGUACCUGCAUUAUAAUAGCUCAUCGCUUAUCAACAGUGCAGAAUGCUGACAGCAUAGCUGUGAUCCAGAAUGGGAAAGUCAUGGAACAAGGAACGCAUCAGCAACUACUGGCUGGAAAAGGAAUCUAUUAUUCGCUAGUCAAUAUACAGGCAGGAACAACUCAUGUAUAAAUAAGAAAGUGAACAUUA